UGUUAGAUAUUAAUUAAAUAAUUAUUGUUAGUUAUUAAAAUAACGAAAAUAAUGAUUAAAAACAACCAGUUUCUAGCAAUCAGUUUACUUAUUAGUAUACUAUGUAUACAUGGAUUAUUAAUGGUUACCAACUGUCCGGACGACCCGUACAUAAAACCGAACCCAAUUUCKGACGAAGCCAUACAACAAGUGAAAUCCUGGUCCGAGAAUAAACUAAUCGAUAAAAUCAAUGGACAAAUUCAAGCCGAAGCCAAUUGGUUCAGACAUUUUAGUAAAGCGGCCAAACAAUACCAAUUGGACUACUAUUCCACUGUAUACGACCAGAUUGGUUAUGAUUUUCAGGUUAAUGGUAAUUUCAUGCUGAAUAUGGUGUUAAAUGGGAGCUAUACACAAAAGGACCGGCACCUGUUACUCGAACAUCUAACACUAUUCCAUAGAUAUUGGCUCCGGUAUAUCGAUGAGAAAAUGCAAUUGCUACGUAGAUGUCCACAAUUGUUGACAAACCUACCCGUAGGCAGCAAUACUGUUGAUAACUUAAUGAGACAGUUAGCUAUAACUCAGAACAAUACUGUAGAAGCAUUGGACAAUUAUAUUAAGGGAUACAAAUCUGAUAAUAGGGGAUCAGAAAUUACAGUGAUUGUAACAGCUGUGAUUUUAGAUUACGUUCAAAAAAAUAUUCCGAUAAUCGACAAAAAUAUUGACCAAUUGCAGCCCGAAUCGGUUAAAGCGAAAACAAUGCAUUGGUUUAUAAUGGAUUUGGAGUUUUUAUUACGAGGUUAUCGUGUACUAAAUGUUUGACAAACUUUUGUUUUUUAAACGUUUUUAAAAAUCUGGACAAAUCUGGCAUUUCUUUAAAAUUAUUUUUUGU